CGAUUAUUUCGACCUCACUUGAAUGCAACAAGCCUGUGUAUCACCCGUCCCUCUCUGCGGUACCCGGAUGAUCAAGUUGAACGCACAGCAUCCUCCGUUGCGAGCCAUCCCGUUGAUAAACAGAACUACAAAUGGGGCGCAGGAAGUCAAAGAGGAAGCCGCCGCCGAAGAAGAAAAUGACGGGUAACCUGGACGUCCAGUUCACGUGCCCGUUCUGUAACCACGAGAAGUCCUGCGACGUCAAAAUGGAACGGACACGAAACACAGGAAUCAUAUCCUGCAGCGUCUGCUUGGAGGAGUUCCAGACUCCUAUCACCUAUCUGUCUGAACCGGUGGAUGUUUACAGCGAUUGGAUCGACGCCUGUGAAGCAGCCAAUCAGUAGUCCUUUUUUUUGUCCUGUGACUCCUCCCCUUCCCUCUAACCUCACUCACUUCACAUUUCACCCCUGUGAUUGGUCGCCUAAAUCAGCUCCUGUUCAGCCAGCACAACGUAGCAAAACCUCGCCAGACAAUUGAAAUGUUACAGGAUGGUUUUUGCACGCCAGGCGUAAGUUAUAUUUUGCUCCAGUGUGGCUUGCUGAGCACGACGCGUUCCUCUGGCUGGGCCAGAGGAACGCUAUUUUGUUUUGUCUACGUCACAGCGUCAACGUUUUUAUAUGUCAGUGAUUAGCCUAUAAUACAUUUCGUCUUUUGUGUUUUUUUUGGUAAUGAUUGUCAUAUAGUUUGUUUUUUUAUGAUUAUAUCUCAUGUUUUCUUUUUUUUAGACUGUAUUUUAAGUUUAAAAUGCAACGGACUGAAAUGUAGGGCCACUAUUUUGUUUCGUCUACGUCACAGCGUCAACGUUUUCAUAUGUCAGUGAUUAGCUUAUAAUACAUCUUGUCUUUUGUGGGGGUUUUUUUGUAAUGAUUAUGUCUUAUAGUUUGUUGUUUUUUAUGAUUAUAUAUCAUGAUGUUUUCUUUGUUUUAGAAUAUAUUUUAAGUUUAAAAUGUAACGGACAUUGUAAAUGUCCAUCAGUGUAAAACAUUCCUGGUAUUCUUUGUGUUUAACAGAUGAAGAACUUAUGAUUAUUCUCAUCUUUAUGUUGUUGUAAUGAGAAGAUGGAGACACGAAUGUCGUGUGUUACUUUUGUGAAAGUAGUUUUUUUAGAGACAUAUUAAGGCUCUGACACACCAACCAGACGGCCGACCGUCGGCAGAAAAGCCAGUCGGACUGACUGGCUUCCCGAGUUGGUUCUGUGCCGUCGGCCUUCAUUUUGGCAUUUGAUUUGACAUGUAUAAUCGGCGGGGCGGGCAC